CCAUCAUAGGAGUCCCAGUAGCCACAAAAAAAAGUCACCAGGGGCAUAAUGUACGACACGAUCAUCAUCGGCGCCGGCCUCAGUGGCCUCCAAACAGCCCUAACAAUCCACCAAGCCGGCCACUCGGUUCUCAUCCUCGAAGCCCGCGACCGAGUCGGCGGAAAGACCUGCAGCGUGUCGCUGGAAACAGGCGGAUUUGUAGACCUGGGCGCUGCUUGGAUCAACGAUACCAAUCAGCAUCGUAUGUAUGGCUAUGCGCGGCGCUUUGGCCUUGAAUUGAUUAAGCAGAAUACGAACGGGAAUGGGUUGAUGCAGGAUUUGGAUGGGGGUGUUGUUCCGUUUGGCUAUGGGGCUACGCCUCCGUUUGCAAAUGCAGCAGAUAUCGACGAUUUGAAUCGGAUCAGAGAUUUGCUUCAUGAUCUCUCUAUUCAAGCAUUGGAGGCACUGCACUCUGGACGUGCGGACGAACAUAUUACAGAGCUGGACCGGAUUACACUCCAGGAAUUUGUGCUGCAACAGCAUGCAAGUGAGCGGACGGCGAAGAUGGUCAACCUCUGGGCGCAAGUGAUGCUGGGUGUGGACUCUGACGAAGUCAGCGCUGCAUGUUUUGUCGAUUACUGUGCGCGCGGCGGAGGUUUGAUGCAGAUGCGCUCCGACAGCAAGCAUGGAGGUCAGUAUCUGCGUUUUCGCACAGGAACACAAUCGGUCGCCAUUAACAUCGCAAAGCUCCUCCCUCCCAAUUCAAUCCGUCUCUCAUCCCCAGCAAAGACAGUAUCAGACCAAGGAGACCAUGUACAAGUCACUACCAGCUCUCCCUUUGCAAAGGACAGCACAUUCACAGCUCGAAAGCUAGUUAUCUCCAUCCCCACGCCGAUGUACAAGGAGAUCACUUUCUCUCCACCCUUCCCAGAAGGCAAAUGGACCGCAAUCAACAGCACGAAGCUGGGCACCUACACAAAAGUCAUCGCCAUCUACCGCGAACCAUGGUGGAUAAAAAAGAACCUGUGCGGUCUGAUCCUCAGCUACAGCGGACCUGUCGUGGUGGCCCGGGAUACCAGCAGCGCAGCAGACGGGCAGUACUCGCUGACCUGCUUUGUGAACGGGUCUAUCGGGAGGAAAUGGAAUAAAAUGGUUCCCUUUCAACGGAAGGCAGCCGUGCUGCAGCAUUUAUUCCAGGUAACUGGUGACGAGAAGGCGUUGGACCCGAUUGAUGUGCUGGAGCGGCAGUGGAUGAACGAGCAGUGGAGCCAAGGCGCUGUGUGUCCCAUCAGCGGACCGGGAGUGAUGUCCUCCAUGGGUCACUUAUGGGAGCAGCCUGUGGGAAAUAUUCAUUUUGUCGGGACGGAGUUUGCGAGAGAGUGGAAGGGAUACAUGGAGGGGGCGCUGAAUUCGGGCGAAGACGGUGCGAAAGAGGUGUUAAGGGUGUUGGAGGCGUCGGACAAGAGGGCCAGAUUGUGAUUGAGCUGAUAUAGAAUAUAGAAUAAAGAGAAUGGUUAGUUUCGUGUUGGAUAUGGAGGCACAUUUAUAUACAUGUAGACCUUGACCAUUC